AUGCUAAGGCGCAGCUUCAGAUUUGAGGAAGUAAGGUCUGCAAAUGGAGGUAAAUUCUAUGCUCGCUCUUUUAGAGUUGACAUUUUACAGCAUAAAUGUAUGGGCUGUAGGUCAGAACUGAGUCAUUGUGUGCACUAAUAUUCUUAUUGAUAAAUCUGAAACCUGUGAAAUGUAGCCUAUGCAUUGAACAUGAGGACUAUCCACUGACAGUAAUGCAUGACAUACCCUACAAACCCUAAAUUGGACGACAAUAUUUCAACCAGUUGCAUUCUCUUUGGGUAUAGCUCACAAAAAUAUCAUAUCAUAUACGUAUCUGCCAACUGUUUAAUGUGUGAAAAAGGAGCAUUAGAGAGGGAUGAAGACAGCAUGAGUGUGAAUGAGUGUGAAUGAGACGGAGAGAAAGAUGGUCUGUGGUUUUGUUGCUUGUUCUGCAGGAUGUGGUCUAACUGUUGCUGUAGGUUCCUAGUUCACAUGAUUUCCACAGAGCAGUGGAGUAUGCCUUUCAGUUUGCCUCUUUAGUCCCAUUUGCUCAUAUUUCCUUCAAUUCUCCAUCUUGUCUCGCUCUCUGUGUGGGUUCAUCCUUAUGACUAGAUGUGAGUUAAAGUGUUGCACAGAGCCACAAGUGUACCUCAGAUAAUAAAGACAAAAAUAAACAGCUGCAGACUGGAGGAAGUAGUUGUGCAAGUUUUUAAUUCCCCUUUUCGCUGCUUUUCCUGUAUUGUCUUUCCUUCCUGUAGCUUUGCGUCUGUAUGUUUCUGUCCUCACUAUGUGUUUGUCUUGUGGUCUAACUAGGGAGUGGGUCAGUGAUGCUCAUAUUCUUAAGUCACAGUAUUCAAAUCCCUGCAUUGCUCUUCAUAUCCUGUCAAAUGUUUCUACUUGCAUUUGUGUAUUAUUUAUGCAAAUGAUGAGCGGUUCCAUUUAUUUCACAGAUUACUGGUUUUCUUCUACAGUGAGGGAAAAAAGUAUUUGAUCCUCUGCUGAUUUUGUACGUUUGCCCACUGACAAAGACAUGAUCAGUCUAUAAUUUUAAUGGUAGGUUUAUUUGAACAGUGAGAGACAGAAUAACAACAAACAAAUGUUAUCAAUUGAUUUGCAUUUGAAUGAGGGAAAUAAGUAUUUGACCCCUCUGCAAAACAUGACUUAGUACUUGGUGGCAAAACCCUUGUUGGCAAUCACAGAGGUCAGACGUUUCUUGUAAUUGGCCACCAGGUUUGCACACAUCUCAGGAGGGAUUUUGUUCCACUCCUCUUUGCAGAUCUUCUCCAAGUCAUUAAGGUUUCGAGGCUGACGUUUGGCAACUCGAACCUUCAGCUCCCUCCACAGAUUUUCUAUGCGAUUAAGGUCUGGAGACUGGCUAGGCCACUCCAGGACCUUAAUGUGCUUCUUCUUGAGCCACUCCUUUGUUGCCUUGGCCAUGUGUUUUGGGGUCAUUGUCAUGCUGGAAUACCCAUCCACGACCCAUUUUCAAUGCCCUGGCUGAGGGAAGGAGGUUCUCACCCAAGAUUUGACGGUAUAUGGCCCCGUCCAUCGUCCCUUUGAUGCGGUGAAGUUGUCCUGUCCCCUUAACAGAAAAACACCCCCAAAGCAUAAUGUUUCCACCUCCAUGUUUGACGGUGGGGAUGGUGUUCUUGGGGUCAUAGGCAGCAUUCCUCCUCCUCCAAACACGGCGAUUUGAGUUGAUGCCAAAGAGCUCCAUUUUGGUCUCAUCUGACCACAACACUUUCACCCAGUUCUCCUCUGAAUCAUUCAGAUGUUCAUUGGCAAACUUCAGACGGCCCUGUAUAUGUGCUUUCUUGAGCAGGUGGACCUUGCUGGCGCUGCAGGAUUUCAGUCCUUCACGCGUAGUGUGUUACCAAUUGUUUUCUUGGUGACUAUGGUCCCAGCUGCCUUGAGAUCAUUGACAAGAUCCUCCCGUGUAGUUCUGGGCUGAUUCCUCACCGUUCUCAUGAUCAUUGCAACUCUACGAGGUGAGAUCUUGCAUGGAGCCCCAGGCCGAGGGAGAUUGACAGGUCUUUUGUGUUUCUUCCAUUUGCGACUAAUCGCACCAACUGUUGUCACCUUCUCACCAAGCUGCUUGGCGAUGGUCUUGUAGCCCAUUCCAGCCUUGUGUAGGUCUACAAUCCUGUCCCUGACAUCCUUGGAGAGUUCUUUGGUCUUGGCCAUGGUGGAGAGUUUGGAAUCUGAUUGAUUGAUUGCUUCUGUGGACAGGUGUCUUUUAUACAGGUAACAAGCUGAGAUUAGGAGCACUCCCUUUAAGAGUGUGCUCCUAAUCUCAGCCCGUUACCAGUAUAAAAGACACCUGGGAGACAGAAAUCUUUCUGAUUGAGAGGGGGUCAAAAACGUAUUUCCCUCAUUAAAAUGCAAAUCAAAUUUUUUGACAUGCGUUUUUUCUGGAUUUUGUUGUUGUUAUUCUGUCUCUCACAGUUCAAAUAAACCUACCAUUAAAAUUAUAGACUGAUCAUUUCUUGUAGUGGCAAGUACAAAAUGAAGCAGGGGAUCAAUAAUAGGUAUCCAUAACCUUUCUGUCUAUUUCUGUUUCUUUUUAGCAAAAAGGGCUUGAGGGUAUUAUUAUGUCGUGAUGAUUGAUAGCGUAUAGUCUCUGCCAUCUAGCAUAUAGUAUCGAUGCUCGGGUAUAUCGAUAGUCUUUCUUUCAUCUUGUCUCUCUCUAUCUUCUCUCCCUUUACUCUCUUUCAUUUCCUCUCUCUCCUCUCUCUCUCUCUCUCUCUGUCUCUACUCUCCCUCCCUUUCUCUUCUCUCUCUCUCUCUCUUGUCUCUCUCUCUCCUCCUCUCCGGUCAUCUCGUCUCUCUCUCUCUCUCUGUCCAUGUAAAUGUUGUAUGGCAUCAUACGCGACACCUCCUUUUAUAGGGGUGCCGGGUUAGAGCUCACUGGCUACAGUAGCAGUCUGCAUAUUCUUAAAUAUAAUACCCACCUGAUUACUCUACCACAGUGCAUUAAAAACUCUGUCCCUCUUCCUUUUUUUUUUCUUAUCUCUCCCCUUAAUUCUCUGACACUACCCCCCCCCCCCACUCUAUCCCUGUCCUCAUCUCUCCCCUCUCAGGCCACCAUGUCCAGGAAGGUAGUCAGGGCCAGUAAGUUCCGUCACGUCUUCGGCCAGGGGGUGAAGGCUGACCAGUGCUACGAUGACAUCCGCAUCUCCCAGAUGACCUGGGACAGCAACUUCUGCUCCGUUAACCCCAAGUUUGUGGCCAUGAUUGUGGAUGCCAGCGGAGGAGGGGCCUUCCUAGUGCUGCCUCUGAACAAGGUGGGCAUGAGCAGAGAUACAGAGGUCAAAGUGAAUGCCUUAAGUGAAGUUAGACGUUUUCAGGCCUCAAAAGUGGUCUAACGUCCAUUUCCCUCUCCGUCUGUUGUGUAGAUCUAUCCAUAUGCCUCACUUUCAAAUCUUUGAAAAUGUCACCUUCAUUCAUGCCUAGGUUUGCCCAACUACGCUAUAAUUUUGAUGAAAAUGUUUAAUUGGCGUGUCGUUUGUACAGUGUUCUAAGAACCAUGUUUUUUGAACAUUUGAAUUUUGAAUAUUGCAAGGCGUCAUCACACAUUGUGCUGAAUAAGGAAGUUUGGGGCAGAGUUUCGGUUCUACACGUUACUCGCUCUCUCUGUGCUGUUGCUAGUUUUUCACCAUAUUUGGAGCGCUUCAGUGAAACACAGUCUUGACAGGAUGUGGCUAGGGCGCAGUAUAGUGCAGCUGCAUAUACAGUCAGGUCCAAAGUUAUUAGCACACUUGAUAAAGAUGAGCAAAAAAGACUGUAUAAAAUAAAUAAUACACAUACUGAGCUAUUUACUGAGCUAGAGUUAUAUUGUCAUGCCAUCUGACUAUAGCACUGUCUGGAGUUUGAUCAACGGCAUUGGAUUGGAACCGGUGCUAUGGUCAGAUAACAUGAAAAUAUGCACACCAGUGGUGGGUUUGACAUUGAAAAACAGAAGCAUAUGUGGGAUGCAGGUACAGUAUCAGCAUGGGACGAAUGUGCUGCAAUAUCAACAACAAACACAUACACUACAUUACCAAAAGUAUGUGGACACCUGCUUGUCGAACAUUUCAUUCCAAAAUCAUGGGCAUUAAUAUGGAGUUGGUCCCCCCUUUGCUGCUAUAACAGCCUCCACUCUUCUGGGAAGGCUUUCCACUAGAUGUUGGAACAUUGCUGCGGGGACUUGCUUCCAUUCAGCCACAAGAGCAUUAGUGAGGUCGGGCACUGAUGUUGGGCGAUUAGGCCUGGCUCCCAGUCGGCGUUCCAUUUCAUCCCAAAGGAGUUCGAUGGGGUUGAGGUCAGGGCUCUGUGCAGGCCAGUUAAGUUCUUCCACACAGAUCUCGACAAACCUUUCUGUGUGGAUCUCGCUUUGUGCACGGGGGCAUUGUCAUGCUGAAACAGGAAAGGGCCACAAAGUUGGAAGCACAGAAUCAUCUAGAAUGUCAUUGUAUGCUGUAGCAUUAAGAUUUCCCUUCAUUGGAACUAAUGGGCCUAGCCCGAACCAUGAAAAACAGCCCCAGACCAUUAUUCCUCCUCCACCAAACUUUACAGUUGACACUAUGCAUUGGGGCAGGUAGCGUUCUCCUGGCAGCCGCUAAACCCAGAUUCGUCCAUCGGACUGCCAGAUGGUGAAGCGUGAUUCAUCACUCCAGAGAACACGUUUUCACUGCUCCAGAGUCCAAUGGCGGCGAGCUUUACACCACUCCAGCCGACGCUUGGCAUUGCGCAUGGUGAUGUGCGGCUGCUCGGCCAUGGAAACCUAUUUCAUGAAACUCCCGACGAAGAGUUCUUGUGCUGAUGUUGCUUCCAGAGGCAGUUUGGAACUCAGUAGUGAGUGUUGCAACCGAGGAAAAACGAUUUUUACACGCUACGUGCUUCAGCACUCGGCGGUCCCGUUCUGUGAGCUUGUGUGGCCUACCACUUCGCGGCUGAGCCAUUGUUGCUCCUAGACGUUUCCACUUCACAAUAAUAGCACAUACAGUUGACCGGGGCAGCUCUAGCAGGGCAGAAAUUUGGCGAACUGACUUGUUGGAAAGGUGGCAUCCUAUGACAGUGCCACGUUGAAAGUCACUGAGCUCUUCAGUAAGGCCAUUCUAUUGCCAAUGUUUGUUUAUGGAGAUUGCAUGGCUGUGUGCUCGAUUUUAUACACCUGUCAGCAACGGGUGUGGCUUAAAUAGCCGAAUCCACUAAUUUGAAGGGGUGUCCACAUACUUUUGUAUAUAUAGUGAAUAUAAUGAUUUUAUAGUGGUCACUAUCUAGAUUGAUUUUGAAUACUUUAUGGGAUAUUGAAGCAUAAAGGUGUAAUUGAAAGACUGACAUUAAGUGUAUGCAUAUUCAUAUAUAGAACAGAUAGAUAUAACAUAAUUUUGUCUCAUCUUCAUGGGUAGACCUCUUGGACUUUCCUGUAACAGGGACAAAUAAUAGUCCUGUCAACCCAAAUUCACAGUGCAUUUAAGGCCUAAUGAAGGAAGCCAUUGUUCUCCAAUGAACGAUAAUUUGAUUUAAAGGUAGACAGCAAAAUGAUAUUGAGAUGAGUGAGAUGCAAGACUUCGCUCUCACACAGUCACACAAAGUAUCUGCGCAUACGCACGGUUUCGCUUCACGCUCUUCAAUCGUGGGAGCCACUGGACCAAAACAGCUGAGAAGUUGAGCCUCGCGCUUCAACGCUCUUAGUUGUUGUGGAAAUUGACCCACUAUGCUGUUUACUUUCUGCAUCUACGUCAUAUUGCUGAGUCUACCUUUCAGCAUCUUGAUUUAUAUGUUGGAGAAGUUUAUUUUUCUGUCACUUAACUACUUUGGCAACCUAUUGUAUAGUUAUUACUACAGCAAUAUAACCUGUAUUUGGUAACUGUAUUAUUGAAACAGUGAGUGACUAAGAGGUUUUCGGCAGCGGAUUGUUAAUGUACAAUGAAGGCAGGGACAUUAGGAGAAAGAUUUGAAUUAAGUUUGAAAUAAAACAUUAUGCCACUUUUCAAAUUAAGGCAUGUAUUGUACAUCCUUAGUACAUUAUUGAAUGUAGAUGGUUUUGUUUUGGUACCGUGAAUGGUGGGCGAGGGCCAACGUGACAGAGUGAGCCAACAAUCCAGAUCCUGUGUGUGUGUAUGCGUGUGUUCCCCCAGGGCCAUGGGAACCCUGCAGCCUGCUAGUGCUCUCCCAGCAGAGUUCUCUGCUCUCUAAGGCUAAUUUGAGGCAUAGCUAUAAAAUUGGCAUCAGCUGACUGAGUUCCUCUCGUCUGAACCCUCUCUAGGUCUCUCUCUUGCCAAAACCACAGUGGUAGCAACGCUCUACAUCUCCAUGUGUUCUUACUGCAUACUGUAUUAUUUGUCUCCUGUUUGAGCCAUCAGCUUGAGCCAUCUCCUGUUGAGCCAUCAGCUUGAGCCAUCUCCUGUUGAGCCAUCAGCUUGUGUGUGUGUGUGUGUGUGUGUGUGUGUGUGUGUGUGUGUGUGUGUGUGUGUGUGUUUGUGUGUGUGUGUGUGUGUGUGUUUAUUUGUGUCAUAGUAACUCAUCUUUUUCCUUUGUGUCUCCCUGUAGACGGGUCGUAUUGACAUGUCCCAGCCCACAGUCUGUGGACACACAGGCCCAGUGCUGGAUAUUGAGUUCUGUCCCCACAACGACAACAUCAUUGCCAGUGGCUCAGAGGACUGCAGUGUCAUGGUAAGUAGAGGUCACAACCUUUCACUGGCCAUAAUGUUGAGCUUGUUAAGUAGAAUCAUAUUAUGGACGCACAUACUGUAAGGACACUGUGGCAUAUGUGUUGAUUGAAUAUGUCCUUGUGUUAUCCAGUUGACCAGUGUUCUGUAUCUAUGUACUGUGUUAACUCAGUGUAAUAAUAUACCCUCCUCUUCCUCUACCAUCGUUCAGAUUUGGGAGAUCCCGGACGGUGGCCUGGUCACGCCCCUGAAGGACCCCGUGGUGAAGCUGGAGGGGCACUCCAAACGCGUGGGCAUCCUCAGUUGGCACCCCACUGCCCACAACGUGCUCAUGAGCGCAGGUAUAGCAGUGCUCUGAUGCAUCGCCUCAGAAUACACGUGCCUCUUUAGCUAUAAACAUAAGUGGAGUAGCACUGCAUGGCCUAACUGCCUGUUCCUCCGUCUCUCUCUCCCCUGGCUGCCAGGCUGUGACAACGUGGUGAUCCUGUGGAACGUGGCGUGUGGCGAAGCCGUGGUGAGGAUCGACUCGGUCCACCCUGACCUCAUCUACAGUGCCUGCUGGAACAGGGACGGCUCCCAGAUCCUCACCUCCUGCAAGGACAAGACCCUACGUGUGAUGGACCCCCGCAAGGGCACUGUCAUUGCCGUGAGUGCCCCCCUCCCUGCCCCCCUCAAUACCACAGGAGAACCAACCACCCUGGAGAGUCAGAUGCACCUAGCUACUAGGUUUAAUGUCAUAGAUAUAAAUAGAAUCACAGUCAGUGAUUAGUUCAUAUAGUUCCCUUCACGUGUCUUUGAUAGAUGAACCUCCUUCCUUGAGUGUCUCUCUUUCCCUGAGUCUGUAUCUCUCUCUCUCUGCCUCUCUGUCUCUCUCAGGAGAAGGAGAAGACCCACGAAGGCUCCAGGCCUGUCAAGGCUGUGUUUGUGUCCGAUGGGAAGAUCCUGAGUACAGGCUUCAGUCGCAUGAGUGAGAGGCAGGUGGCACUUUGGGACCCAGUGAGUAUUAUGAGACAAUUAUGAACUUCUUAUAAAGGCUUAUGAAUGGUGUCUUAAGAACCGACAUGACCUGUAUGUGUUUGACAGAAUAGCUUUGGGGAGCCGCUCACCCUGCAGGAGUUGGACACCAGCAGUGGCGUCCUUUUGCCCUUCUUUGACCCCGACACUGGCAUCGUCUACCUCUGUGGCAAGGUUAGAGUUGAUCACACGCACACACACGCACGCAAACACACACACACAUCACAGGAGGCUGCUGAGGGGAGAACGGCUCAAAAUAAUGGCCGGAACGGAGCUAAUGGAAUGGCAUCAAACACAUGGAAACCAUGUGUUUGAUGUGUUUGAUAACGUUCCACUAAUUCCGCUCCAGCCAUUACCACGAGCCCUCCAACCUCCUGUGACACACACACUAUGGUUUACUAACCAUUCAUUUCCCUGUCUCAGGGUGACAGCAGUAUCCGGUACUUUGAGGUGACGGAUGAGGCUCCUUAUGUUCACUACCUGUCCAUGUAUAGCAGUAAGGAGAGUCAGAAGGGCAUGGGCUACAUGCCCAAGAGGGGCCUGGAGGUCAACAAGUGUGAAAUCGCCAGGUAACCACACAGAGUCAUGGACAUUUUCACUCGCCAAUAUACACACACAUACACACAAGCGCUGCUUGUAAAAUGGGAACGUAUGUUGUUUUAUUCGCCCUCCACCAGGUUUUACAAGCUCCAUGAGAGGAAGUGCGAGCCCGUUGUCAUGACGGUGCCCCGCAAGGUAAAUACAUUUUAAAAAAUUACUAUAACUCAAAGCAUGUGUGAUUCUUCAAUAUCUCACUUUCCCUUUCUCUCUGUCUCUAUCUCUCUCUCUUCAGUCUGACCUGUUUCAGGAGGAUUUGUACCCAGACACCAUGGGUCCAGAGCCGUCUGUGGAGGCCACUGAGUGGUUUGAAGGCAAAGAGGGCCAACCUAUCCUGAUCUCCUUGAAGGAAGGUUUUGCGACAACCACCAAAAACAAAGAGUUCAAAGUUCACAAAAGUCUUCUGAAGACCACAUCAGCUACCGUGGGGCAUCAGCACGAUAUCAGUGGGGUAAGGACAUGGCUGCAUCUACCUACAUGCUUUGAUAUAUCUGUGAAUAGAUACUGUAUUUUAGAUAUGGCUUCCUCUUUUGCACAGUUGACCAAGAAUCCCCCCUCCCCUUCUCCCUCUCUUUCUCUUUCUCUCUCUCUUUUUCUCUCUCUCUUUUUCUCUCUCUCAGGAGGUACAUGCCUUGCAGAAGGAGGUGAAGACUCUGAAGGAAAGAGUAGAGGAGCUGACCAAGCGUGUGAGCGAACUAGAGAGCAAGAAUUGA